AUGGCCCAGAGGGCAGGCCUGGGGCCUAGGUGGCUGGAGGCUCUGGCCACUCUGCUUUUGCUUGGAUUAUUCCGGAAUGAGAUGGGUGAGCGUGUGGGGGUGGGGACCUCCUGUGGCGUGGUCCACCAAGCACGUAUCACAGGUGGUAGCGAUUCAGCCCACGGCCAGUGGCCCUGGCAGGUCAGCAUCAGCUACAACGGCGCCCACGCGUGUGGUGGCUCUCUCCUGUCUGAGCAGUGGGUGCUGUCGGCUGCUCACUGCUUCCCAAGGGAGCACCACACAGAGGGCUACGAGAUAAAGCUGGGGGCCCACAAGCUGAACUACUACAGCUCUGACACCGAGGUCCGCACGGUGGCACAGGUCAUUUCCCACCCCAGCUACCUCCAGGAGGGCUCCAUGGGUGACAUCGCGCUCCUCCAGCUCAGCAGCUCUGUCACCUUCUCUCGCUACAUCCGGCCCAUCUGCCUCCCCGCAGCCAACGCCUCCUUCCCCAAUGGUCUCCAGUGCACUGUCACGGGAUGGGGCCACGUGGCCCCCUCAGUGAGCCUCCAGGCCCCCAAGACACUGCAGCAACUUGAGGUGCCACUGAUUAGUCGUGAGACCUGUAACUGCCUGUACAAUAUCAACGCCAAGCCCGAGGAGCUCCACUUUAUCCAGCAGGACAUGGUGUGUGCCGGCUAUGUGAAAGGGGGCAAGGACGCCUGCCAGGGUGACUCUGGGGGCCCACUCUCCUGCCCAGUGGGGGGCCGCUGGUACCUGGCAGGCAUCGUAAGCUGGGGUGAUGCCUGUGGGGCCCCCAACAGGCCCGGUGUGUAUACUCUGACCUCCAGCUAUGCCUCCUGGAUUCACCACCAAGUGGCAGAACUCCAGCCUCAGGUGGUGCACCAAAUCCAGGAGUCCCAGCCUGAUGGCAAUCUCUGCAGCAACUCCGGGGCCUUCAACUCUGCCCCAGCCCCAGGCUUGGUGGGAUCCCUCCUCCUUCUACUGCCACUAGGCCUGACCCUGGGCCUCCUCCGCCCACAGCAUGACCACUGA